AUGGCCGUGGGCACCUCCUCUUCUAUGCUCGGCGGCGCUUUCCUUCUCCUCGUCCUCUCCUCGGCCACUGAAGUUCAGGGCGGGCCAAGCUCGAGCGCCGCGCCAUGUUCCCCGCUGGACUACCUCUGCAACAACCUCGGACCUUGGUACGUCGGGGCGAACGACUGCGUGUCCACACUCUGCAUCGACCCCUCCUGCCGCUCUGCGCCCGGCUUGCCGGAGCUCGCAGUGAUCGCCACCAGGCUGACGGUGUCCAACGCCACGGUGGCCAAGGCGAGCAUCGAGCAUGCGCUCGCCCACGUCAAGGACGGCAAGGCCAGGAAGGUAAUGCGGUCGUGCCUCCAGCUCUACACCGGCGCCAUCCCAAGGCUGCAGUGGGCGGCGCGGUCGGCUGCUGCUGGGCGAUACAGCGGUGUACCGGAGGUGAUACUGGCUGCUAGGUACGUCUCAUCUAAGUGCACCAAUUUGGCCGGCGAGGGGGCACUUCCCAAGGAGAACGUUGAGUUCUUCAUGAUGGCCUACGUCGCCGAGGCCGUCGUCGAAGGGGUGCAGCUUUUUAUCAGCUGA